AUGCAUAAUGGUAGAGGUGAAGAAGAUCAUGAUGGUAAAGAUGAAAAAUACGGUGGUUAUUCUAAAAAUGCUGUAAAUAAAAAGCAUGAUGAGGAUGAAGAUGACUACAGUUACGAUGAAAAAAACCACGGCUAUGGCAAAGAUGAUGAUCAAGAAUAUAAAAAACGUGAUGUAAGUAAAAAGCGUGGUGAUGAAGAUAAUGGUAAUGAUAAAGAAGACCACGACUAUGGUUAUGGUAAAGGUGAUGAUGAAAAAGACGAAGAAUGCGAUGACGAAAAAGAUGAUGAAAAAGACGAUAAAGAACAUGGUGACAAAAAAGGUGAUGACAAACAUAAAAAGCGUGGUGAAGGUGACAAAAAAGGCAAAGAACAUGGUCAUGAUGAAAAAGACGAUGAAGGACAUGGUGAUGACGAAAAAGACGAUGAAGGACAUGGUCAUGAUGAAAAAGACGAUGAAGGACAUGGUGACGACGAAAAAGAUGAAGGGCAGCAUGGUGACGACGAAAAAGAUGAAGGGCAUGGUGACAACGAAAAAAAUGAAUGGCAAGGUCACGACGAAAAAGAUAAAGGACAUGGUGACGACGAAAAAGAUGAAGGACACGGUGACGACGAAAAAGAUGAAGGACAUGGUGACGACGAAAAAGACGAUAAAAUAAAAAUACGGGGUGAAUAUGACGAAAAAAACGAUAAAGGAAAUAGCCAUGACGAAAAAGAAGAUAAAGGACAUGGUCAUGACGAAAAAGAAGAAGGGCAUGAUCAUGACGAAAAAGAUGAAGGGCAUGAUCAUGACGAAAAAGAUGAAGGGCAUGGCGACGACGAAAAAGAUGAAGGGCAUGGCGACGACGAAAAACACGAAGGACACGAUGACGAAAAAGACAAUGGACACG